GUUUAGGGAAUAGCUAGUGAUGGUAGAUUUUCUUUAGGUUUAGAAUGUCUGUAGACAUUGGUUAGACUAACUGAAUCCGUUACUACUUUUCUCUAUAAAUUAUUUCAUUGACUGAGUUGUGAUUUGGAUAAACUCUAAAUGUUCAGUAUGUCUAAUUUCGAAUAGCAAGUCUGCUGGGAGUGACUCGGGGCCAUUUAAUGAAUAGAUUUUAUAACUUAAAAUGACAGCAGUUCCACACAUACACAUACGAAAAAUAGUUAUCCAUUGUUUUAUUAAACCUUUGAUGCACCAAAUUUUAAAUAUUUGCUGAUAAUUCCUCAAAAUGAAGAAGCCUACCUGUGACCUUUGUGGAAAGAUGUUCUCUCGCCGAGACAACAUGGAGAGACAUCGCAUUCGUCAUCUGCGCCGUGAAGUCUUCAAAUGUGAAACAUGUGGCAGAGAUUUUAGUCAGAAAUCCUAUCUGAAGUUGCAUCGUCGUCUUCAUACAGGAGAAAAACCUUUUGGGUGUAAUCUGUGUGGUCGGGCUUUCUCUCGCAAUGAUCAUUUAGUGAUCCACAUCAGAGGACAUCAAGGAAUUAAAAUGUUCAACUGCCAAAUUUGUCACAAAGCUUUUGCACGUCGGUCUUACUUAACUGUGCACCAACGUAUCCACACAAAUACUCGUCCAUAUAAAUGUCAUGUAUGUGGGUGCGCUUUCUAUCGUGGAGACCAUCUUGUUCGGCAUCAAACUAAGCAGCAUGGAGAAAUAAAGGCUCUUCCUUCUGUUGAACUUGUUACAAGCACAACUCAGCAGGUUCAUAUGCAGACUGAAAACAAUAAUAUGGAUUCUGAUAGUUUUAACAGCCAAUGUGAGACUAUUCAACAAGAGCAACAACAAACCUCUCUUGUUGACCAAACACAAAUACAAGUCGUUACAGUACAAACCACAAGUGAUAUCGAAGGAGCAGAAUUGCAGCAAGCUUUUAAAUGUACUGACAUCGCUUGCAACACCAACAAUAAUGAUGGUAUUAUUCACAAUUCGGGAGACCAGUUAGUAGCAGCUGUUACUAAUGGUAACAAGACCACUUACCAUUCUUGCAGUAUUAUCCAUCCCAACCAAAUAAUACCAACUCUCCAAAGUGCUACUAAUAUACAGCCAGGCCAGGAAAACACACAACAGCAUCAGAUAUAUCAAGCUACUGCUGACUUAAGUGGAACUGGUAUGGUUUACAAGUGUGAUUACUGUUCAAAAUGUUUCUCCCGUCAUGAAAACUUGGAGCGUCACAAAUCAACUCACCUUAAUGAGAAACUUUAUAGCUGUGACAUAUGUCAAAAGAGUUUUUCACGCAGGUCUUAUCUCAGAGUCCAUCAUCGCAUCCAUACAGGUGAGAAACCGUUUGUCUGUGACAGGUGUGGUUUUGCUUUCUCACGGAAAGACCACUUAUUAAAACACAAGAAAAAUAAUCAAGGAGAGCGUAAGCUGAGCUGUGUUCCUCCCAAGCCACUUGUUGAUCUGAAGGAAGAUAUUAUCACACCUGACGGAAACUGUCAACAGGUAGCAGUCGUUGUGCCAGCUGAUGCAUCUGCUGUGACUGAUGCUGAAGGCAAUUUAAUUGUUACUCAUGCCCCUGGUACAGAUCCAGCUGAUGUGGCCAGAACUAUUGCCAUGUAUCAACAAGAAGCUACUGUCAAUCAGACAGACAGCACUGGCACAAACCAAAUCUAUCCAAUGCUGUCAACAUUUCCCACAACUAUUGAAAUCUCACAAUCAACAGCUCAAAUAUUCCCAACUAUUCAGAUGUACCCGGCUGCCACACAGCUCAAUGUACCUCUUCAUGCAAAUGUCUCUCAUGAAAUUAUUAUUCCAACUUCGCAGAUUACACAGAGCAAAUAAAAUCCUGAAAAUAUCCUUUUUCAAUAUCUAUGUAUCAUGUACUUGAUUGCAUUUUUACUAAAGCACACACACACACACACACACAAACACGAAUAUUUACACACACACACACACAGACACAUUAUUUUUUGAAACUUGCUUAACUAACAAGUUGUAUAUACAAGGCUUAUUAGCCUUAGUUUCUUCUUCAAUAUUUUAGUUGUUUACUAUACUGUGACUAAUUAGCAUUUUUUGAAGAGGUCAUUAUGUAGAAUGUGAUCUUGUCUUUGAAUACUUUUUACGCAGAGGGACAUGGCUAAAUAAUUACAAAUAGACUGAUAUUUUCCAAAUUUCACACAAUUUGCCAGCAUACAUCACCCCCUGCACACACUUACUGUGUACAUAAAAAAAGUGUAUAGUACUUAGUGUAUAUACAAAGAAGUUUUAUGCUCCAAACAACUAUUUGCUUUUUAAAUAAAUUAUUAACUUUUAUUGAAAAUCAUAAGAAAUUUAACUCAAAAUAAAUCUUGAAUUUAACAACAGUUUCCUUAGAAAACAGUUACUGAAUAAUUUUUGAUUUAAUUUCUCUAAUAUGGUCAGCCUUCCGUUUAAAUACCAAGUUUUUUUUUGCUGUUUUUCUUAGUUAAUAGAGUUGUCUGAAGAGAAAUGUAAAUCUUUAUAAAGAUUUACAAAUCUUCAAAUAUAUCAUCUGAAAGAGAAAAGUACAAAAUGUUGCGAACAGUGUUCUAAAAUUGUAACAUUAGGUAAUCAAAGUCCAAACAUAUUUAUUUUUUCUGUCUUUAAAUUUUUCUUCUUUUUCUGUUACUUUUGUGAGUGUUAAUUUUUUCUCCCACUUCUUAGAGAAACUUCUUUUUAUCCAGCUAAUUCGUUAUGUAUUUUAAUUAUUUGGUAAAGAUUGCACUAUUUAUCUUGUUAUAAAUCAAUCUUUUCACAUGGAGAAAACAUUUAAGGUAACUUAUCACUUGUUUUCAGAUAAAUCUGCAUUGGAAAUGGAAAAUUGAAUAUUGAAACAUUGAUUAUGUUACUUUGAUAAAACAUAUAUCAUCAUGGUAACACAUUCUUUGAAUUUGAUUCAAUUAGCUGUUAUGUCUAUUUUAAAAAAUUAUAUAAUUAUUAUAGGCAUUUUAUAUCUUCAGAUGGUCAAAUGUGUGGAGCAAUGUUUUCAAUAAUUUCUCUGUAGAGAGAAAAAGCUUCCUAUAACUCUUGAAAAGCUGUUUAUGUCGAUAGACAAAAACAUGCUAUGGAAGUGUAACAUUAAAAAUAAUUAAGCAUUUCAAUAGCUUAAUUUUUAGUCAAAAUAUCUUUAAAAUAAAUGUCUCCAGAAUAGGAAUGCUUGAUUGAAAUGCCAGACUGCAUAAUGUAUAUCGAGUUACCUCUAAAUAUUUGUUUAGCUGCCUCAAGACCACAGAUCUGCUUGACACUGUAACUUCAAUAAUUGAAGUAUUUCCUAUCUUAAAAGAGAACAUCUGACACAGACAUUCAUAUAAUAUUUAUCUCUCUGCUAAAGGUUUAUCUUGUGAUAGGAAAAAAAACAUCUGAUUUUUGUGAAUAAUUUGCCAUUUGAAUUCCUUUCAGGAAAAUUGUGCUGUUUCAAGAAUAACAAUCUUAAUUUAUUUCUUAUUUUCUGCUAUUUCUAAUUAAUUUUUAAAUUUUAAUGUGGAAAUAGAACUAAUUUUCAAUACAAUAUUAUCAGCACAACGGAGUGUUUAGAAAACAAACAAAUGAAUUUGAAAUGUGUUCUAUUUGUUAAGAAAUUCUUUCAACAAUAGGUAAUGAAAUGUAAAUUUAAUUUCAUUAUUACAUUCCUGCUGAAAGUGUUAUGAUUUUUUUUCUAGCACAAGCCAAUCUAACUAUUUUCUUCCAGCCCUAUCUCUUUAUUGUAUAGUCCAAAUUUUAGGCUACUUAAGUGUUUUCUGUAUUAUGCUCAACAGAUGUCAAAUCACAGUGUUAUUGACAUAAACUGAAAUAUUCGUUAAGUGCACUUUUAUUGUUUGUGCAGUUAAUAAAAAUUCAUGAAACAAAUGCUAAA